UUCUCGUGUGCAUCAUUUGUGCUUUCAAAGCGUGAUCAUUAUUAGCGUGUUUUUCUGAGCCGAGAAGAAGGCUAGGCAGUUUCUUAAACUCUUAGAGAACCCUUCUUUUGCGAAAGAAUGGGAGAUAAUGUCGUUGAUCCGUUUGAGGAUAUCGAUUCCGAGGAGGAACUUGAAAAACCGCCGACACCUGAGAUCCAUCAUGGGGGUGAUUCUCCCGAAGCUCCUGCAGCAUUUAGCGAUAUUUCUGACAACGAACGGGAGGAAGUGAGGGAAGACGAAGCCGUGAUGAAGCCGCAUGAAGAAGCUAGCGAAAAAGCAAGUGAAAAUGAUGAAAAUACUUCUAGCGCACAAGAAGAAAGCAAAAUUGAGAGCAGUAAAGUGGAAGUAACACAACAAGAAGGUAGUCCACUUUAUGACCAAGAAAUUUCUCCUGUUUCGUCAACAGCUGAACAGGAGGAAGAGGACGUAGAUGCAUUUGAAAAAGGAGAUAAGGAUGUUCCCAUGAACGAAGGAGAACGUUCGGAAAUCAUCGAAAGAAAUUCCACUGAUUUAACGCGAAGUAAACAAGAAUCUUCAUUAGGUAGUGCGGAAGGGAAUGAUGAAGCUUUACGUGAAACAACUGUUGCGAGCGAAACAACUGAAGAAAAACGCCAAGAACAAACUUCUGGAUACACAGCUGAGAGACGCCGUAGGAUUUCUUCAAGUGCAGGGACCGAUGAUGAUUUAGAUAUGCCUAUUUCUCCUCUUGGACUCGGACUUUCAGGGACAGAAUCAGAAAUUGUUGAUGAUAUUCUUAAGAGUGACGUUUCUAAACUUCUUCCAGACGUUAAAGAAGAUCCCAGAGAAGAGUCAACAGGUAUAAUGUGUGAUUAUUAGCCCACCAUCUCUCACAAUUUAGAAGCCAUAGUGGCACUCUGGUUGCUCAACUGAGGGAGGCAAAUAACUUUUUUGUCUAUGGUGACUGUGGUUGACGAGAGGGACACGAAAGUUUGGCCAAUUCAAGUGAUUUCAAAAAAUGUGUGCUUUUAAGCCAUUAAGUCCCAAUAUCAACAUGCAUAUUCCCAACACUGUUCUUCACACAUUUCUUAUGGUUCUGCUUGAGAGAAUAUUGAUAGAAGGCUUAAGAUUCGAGGACAAAUUUUCUCGCAUAUCCUCUAAAUAUAGACACCCCAGAAAGCUUCAUUGUAUUUUUUUCACCACAAGAGUUAGAACGCUUAUUUCCAUUGAAGGAGGUGAAGCCCACUCCUGGUCGCUAAAUGAUAAAAUUCUUAACAUUUGAUAACUUGCUUUCACCACUACUACAUUCUUGCUAAAACUCAUAGUAGAAUGACGAUUGCUAUCGCAUAAUUUCCCACCAAACUGACAUUGGUUUGAGUGAGUGCACUACUUAGUAUGGGAAAAUCUCAUUCCCAUAGUUGUCCUUGUCAUAGAAUCUAAAGCUCUCUAUUAUUGCUUAAACAUUAAGAUACUUCAUCAUUGGUGAUCAUUUCACUCAUUUUAAUGACCUGUAUGUUUGAUCAGCCAGUAUUAUUGUUUGAGGAGAAAUAAUAAUAAAUGCUGGUUACUACGGGGACGUAAAGGAUUGCAGACUUGCGAAGUCUCAUGAUUUCUGACAGGGGUUUCGUUAAGAACGUUAUUGCAGCAGCAGGAGAAUAGUGUAAUAAUGUGCCCUUUUAGAAGUCAUCGUUAAAAUAGAAAGAUCUCAAAAUUUGCAUUUGCUUCGUAGUAAUUUGAUACUCUGUCAUUUAUAUACGGUAAACAUUGCCAAAUUUUUGUUGCAAGAAGGGUUUUGCAGCUUUGUUGGAAAACACCUUUCGUGAACUGCAUAUUCUUCAUACAAGAAUAAUUCAUAAUUCUUCAUACAAAAGCCAAAUUCAGUGAUAAUUAUUGUGUUCUUCAUUCAACCAAAAUAUCACUUUCUAGGUAAAAGAGAUGACGAAGAAGAAACCAAAGAAGACAAAGAAUUGACUGAGGCUGAACCAACAGUACAGGAUGAAGAAGGGUAGGCAUUAUCAGUCAUCACCAUUGUCAUAAAAUAUCAUGUUUUGGCCAUCACAGAAAAUAGUAGGAAAUGCUUAAAAUCUGAAUCUACAAUAUCCAGGGUGCCCAAUGGACAAAAGUAAGUUGCUAGGAGCCAUUGGGCACGUUAAGAGCACAGCCUUGAAGUCCACAUGUCUACCAGGUCUUGACAAGGAAAAUGUAAUACUAUGAUCACACCUUACAGUGUAAUUAAUUAAUCAUUAAUUGUCAUUUAGGUUUGAGUCCGAUGAAGAAGCUGGUGAUCAACUGAUUGCUGAUAUUUUUGGUGCCAGUGAUGAGGAGGAAGAGUUUGUGGUAAGAUAAUAUACUGUUUUAUCAGCUGCUCUUUCCACCAUUAAUCAAAGUUAUUGCCCAAAAUGUUUUUUAAUAGACCAUGCAAGUUUAUUUGUAGAUGUGAGGAGCUUUUUCCAAAACAUUGUCAGGAGCAAUUCAAUACAUCAUCUCUUGUUGAGACUAUUACUGUUGGGUGACCAUGGCCAGUUCCUAGAGAGAUGUUUGGUGUAAAUACUGUAUAUAUGUAAAAGACAUAAACAUGACAGAAGAGCUGCAGGGACAAGCUUUAUCAUUAGGUACAUGACAUCUGUUAAAGGGAGGUGUCCUUAAGGUUUUGAAAACAACUGGCAGCUGACAGAUAUCACCAUCUACAUGUGUGUUGUGUCUUUUGUCAGCCACCCAGCUGCUGGGCUACUCCUGAGAUUCUAAAAGUAAAAGAUGGCAAAAUCAGUCACUCACUUCAACAAUAACACUGCAAACUUCAAAACUGUUUUGUCAAUGCUGUGUUCAAUCACAUCUUAUAAAGGCCUGUGUUCUUUCCCAAAUUGACUACCAUUAUUUUUCUCCUAACAACAUGAAUACAUCUUCAAGAGAAAAGUAUAUGAGAAAUGAUGACAAAAGAGAAAAUUUGUUGAUCUUUUAUUACAUUGUAAAUUCUCUCAGUUUAUUUUAUUAAUGAAAUGUACAGUAAUUUUGUUAUAAAUAGUUAUGGUUCAAGUCCUGGGAUUCAUCUUGUGAAAAAUCAUGAGUCCCAGUUAAAAAAACAAGGAGCCAUGCUUGGGCCUUUAUGUAACCAGACAGUUAAUACUGGAGGCAGAUGCCAAAACACUAUAUUUCAGUCUACUGAAAUUAAAUAUAGUCCUGCUAUAUAUUUAGAGCUUAAAAAAGACUAUAAAACAAUUAUGCCUCUUUAAACAACAGCCACAGAGAUCACACGAACAGGAUAUUCUAUGAAAAAAUCUUCAGAUCAAUCAAUUGUUCUUUGCCUCCUUAAGAUGCAUGCCAUGAACAUCAUUUUGCAUCUUUGGGUCCGAUUUUUAUGCAUCAGGGAUGCAGAAUGCAGAGGUGACAAAAUCACUGAAUGUAUGGAAAUUAGUCUGGAGAGUUGGUACAAGUGUAUGUGGUUUUUGGGACUGAAAGGGUUAAGGGUCAGGGAGAGUCAACUGUAACCCUUAGUGACCAGUGUGUUCUGCAUUUUGAUUUAGGGAUUUGGACAAGAAGAUAUUGAGGUGACAAAGAAAAAGAAAGGAGGUAAGAGAGUGUUUGGACUUAUGAACAUUGAAAUCCCAUUCAGCCAAUCAGAGUUCAUAAAAUGCUAUUCCAACUGUUUGGUGUAAAGUGGUAGCAGUGCCAGUCAGGCCGGACCAACUCAGCUCUCAAAGUUUAUAGAGGGUCAACAUUAAUGGUGGCUGUGACAUGCAGUUGGGGCUGCAUUAUGGUUCCAGAAAAUAUAAUGAGUUGGCUUUUCUAUUACUCUUGAAGGCAGGUACCGUGCUAAUAAUGAGCCUAGUACAAUACCAGCAGUACAAGAAUAUUGUUGUACUAAACCCCUGCCAAACAGAUUUUUUAUCAAAAGUUUGGUUGUACCAAACCCCUGCAUUUAAACCCAGUUGAGGGUGGGGGGGGAGGGGUGGGGGGGUUCAGACCAAAAAAACCUUAAAACUCAUCUAUAAUUCAGGGAGGUGUAUGGCUGUUAAUAGUUUAUCUAAUUUUAUUGUUUAGAGCAUUAUGAAAUCCAUUUUUUUGUUUAUAUUCAUAUAUUAUUGUAAUAUACAUCACUAUGUUUUAUUGUAAUCAUCCUAUGGUGAUGUGUGUGUACAUGUAUGUAACACACACACUACAAGUCAUUAAAUUACUAUUGUUAUUUUUAUCAUUGUUUAUAGCUCGGGACAGGAAACAUCACUCAUUGUCCAUAGGAUCAGAGGUUGAUGAUGAAGAGGGGAAGAGUGCUCAGGGUGAUGAUUUGGAAAAAAUGGUUGUACCAAAACCUACCGCUAAAGAUAAAGAAGCAGACAGUGAUAGUGAUGAUGAUGCUUUUGAUAACAAAUCUGUGUAAGUAAACAGUUAAUUACUGUUUAAAAAACAAGCAGGAGUGUGCGAGUAUUUUGGACAGCUUCAAAAUCUCAGAUAGAUCUACUCAUUCUGGCACUAACAUUUAGAUUGGGGGUUCUUUUGGUGUAAAACAUUGGAUGUAAAGUUUAGCCGUGUCUUUAUCAGAUAUAAAGACUCUCAUUAAUCAUCAAUUUCUUUUGUUUUUUCUUAAUGAAUUGUUAAUGAGUUUUUGAAGGCCAGGUCAAACAAUCACAAUAGUAAGUUAAUGAUGGAGAUGAUACAAGGCCUUCAUUAGAAGCUGGCAACCGGCUCUUGUAGCUGGUCACUACAUUAAGAUCUGCUGGCUACUCUACACUGUAACUUUGAAAAUGAGUCAAACAUAUCAAAUAUACAGUGUAGGAGGCAGGGUUCUCAAUAGAAGGCGGCACCCGGCGAUUGAUCGCCGCUUACUUUGGGAUUUAUAGCUGCUUACUUUGUGUUUAGGUCGCUUUUCUUUGCUUUGUUUUGACACCUCUGGCUUUGCUGAAGAGCCUCCUACUUUAUCAGUGAUCACCUCCUACUUAAAAAUCUAUUGAGAACCCUGAGGAGGAUUUGCCAGAUAAAUGACCAGCUACUUUCCCUGAGAGACCAGCUAG